CCUGCUGUGCAUGUGGGAUAGUCGCGGUCGUGGUGAUGUAAUCACUGUAAUCUUGGACUCGGAGUGUUUCGCCUUCGUCGUCGUCAUUCUCCAUGGCGUUGUCGUCGUCGCCGACUCCAAAUGACACCCUGCGACCACGGCGCCCGACGCGUAGCAUUCCACCAAUUCCGCUCGACAUUGGCACUGACACCAACCGCCCUUCGGAUGUCCCCGUCGAAUCGCCCGUCAAUGAUCCCCCCACUUCUGCCAACAAUGUCACUGACCUGUCUUCAAUCCGCGCUCACUACCUCAAGAAAUCCCUCAUACAACUGCAGUUUCAGGAGGAGCUUGCGUUACUGACGUCGUCUCCAUCAUCGAGUCCGCUCUCGCAUCUUGGCCAGCCGUUUUCGCCACCCCCCAAAGACGCCACCCCGUUGGAUUUGCCUUUCUUGAGAUAUAUGUUCCGACAAUUUAUACUUACUUUUCCGUUCAUGGCCGCUGCUUCGAAGGAUUUCUACUCAGACAAGCUACAGCCCUUCCUAACGGCUGUACUAUCACGAAAUCUCUCAUCCACUUCUCCUUUCGACGAAGAGAAUGGCGAAGAAGCUACGCGGAUGAAACUUCUAGCCAAACUAGAGAGAAAUCUGAGUAUGUUCCUCGGUGCCGCAACCAAGCUAACGGAGCCCGAGGAAGUAGUGAGACUGGGUCAAGCCGAGCUUGACAGACUUGAGGAGUUGGCUCGUAAGAGACAGGCGAGAAAUAUGCGCAAGAGAGAUAUAUUUGAAGUUAACAUUAUCAGUGUGCGUACGGUUGUCGACAAAGGGCGUAUGCGGAGUCGGAUACAUGAGGAAUUCAUCAUACGAACGCGACGUUCCCAUCAUCCAGAUCACUUUGUCUCGCGGAGAUAUGGAGACUUUCGUACGCUAGCUAAUGAGCUGCGGAAAGCGCAUCCAAAUGAAGACAUUCGCCCGCCCCCCGCUAAGGACCGUUCUACUGUUAAUGUACCACAGUCCGUAUCGCCAGACUCGCCCUCCUUCCCAAUAUCUUCAGUUCCUGCCACACCAUCCCGACUUUCCCGCGAAAAAAACAGACUGACCCUGCGUGCGUACCUGCACUCCCUACUCUCUUCGUCAUCUGUCAUAGCCUCUUCUCCCGUUCUCCAGUCCUUCCUUCUCUCCAGCCCCACCGCACUGUCUCCCGCCGAGUUCGAGGAUGCCCGACAGCGUGAAGAGGCAGAUCGCGUUAGAGAGGAUGGGCGAAAGCGCUUCGCUAAGGAAAUUGCGAACCGUGUCGAUGGACUCAGAGAGGCCGUCAAAAGUGUCAAGGGGGACGUGAUGGGCAAAGAUGGUCUAACGAACGUGUUCGCCACCAUUAAGAUAACUCCCGAUAUCCGAUCUCUGCCGGUCAACUACCAGGCCGUGCUGGAAUGGGCACGAAUAUCGCUGGCCUCGACUGUCUUCCACCAGUUCGUUGCCUCAGACAACUCGUCCGAGACAUUCGCAAGCCUGAAGCGAUUGCACGGUCUUAUGCCAUAUUUCAUGCUUAAGGCCGCAUUGAAAAUCUCGAAUCCUAUUGGAAUGAUACGAAGUGUCCUGGAUCUCUUCCUGGCACAACCGUUUGGGGGUAGGUCGUUGCUCCAGAGAAUGUUUUCUAGCUCUCUCACAGAAGAGACCAGAGCCUUGGAAGAAGAGAUCGAAGCCGUCAAAGCCAAGGUUGACGACCCAAUGAUGUGUGAGAAGAUUCGUCUAUUUAUUUAUGGACCGAGGGAAAUCCAAGACAUGUACAAGGCCGACGCGACUAAAGAGAAACUGCCGCUGCUAACUGUUGUGCUACACUCUGGGGAUGAGCCUGCGCUAAUGCGUGCUCAAUUACAUCGUGUUGCCAAGGCGCAUCGGGCACACGGGAUAUACAUGCGCUAUCGUGAAAGCCUGGAUGACUCUGAUGAUGACGAUGGGCCGAUGGACGAAGAUGCUUGGCUAUAUGAAGAUCUGAAAGUCCUUGCUUCCUUGUACACAAGACUAAGAGAUCGAGAGCAGUUAAUUGCGCUGAUAUUUGAGGGCUUCACAGCAGAUUUGCUGAAAGAUAUCAUUACAAUUUUCUAUACACCACUGGCGACAGUUUAUCGUGCAGCGUCAAUAGCAGACUCGUUGGGAGAUUUACAAAGUUUUGUCAACGAUUUGAUCAAGACUGUAGAGGGCGUUGAGGAGUUAAGUCAAGAGGACCCAAAUCGCACAGUUCAAGCAUUCAUCGACCUCGUCCAGCGGCAUGAGCAAUCGUUCUAUCAGUUUGUGCAUAAAGUGCAUUCCAAGGGAGAGGGCCUUUUUGACAGUUUGAUGCGGUGGAUAGAAUUGUUCAUCACCGUCAUUCGCGAAGGGAUCUCAACAAGCGACAACCUUAUCAGCCUGGAAUUCUUGCUUCCGCAGUCUGCUGCAGAGAGAAAGCAGAUUAUGGACGAAGUGGAUAAAGUUGCGGUAUAUCACUACAAGAUGAAAGUGGUGUAUGAAGAGAAGGUUCGGCGGAGAUUUGCCGGGGGCCAAGCCGUGCAGGGAGAGGGAGAAAGAGAAGAGGAAGAAACGAGGAGAAUGGUUGAUGGGGUUGUGGGCGAGAUAAGCUUCGGGGAACUGAUCAGUGGCGAUGCCGAGGAAUUGAGGGCUGAGGACAGCAGUGAAGAUGAAGACAGUGACUCUGACUCUGGAGAGACCGGAUCUGGAAGCACAGAUGAUACCGAAACUGAUUCCGGCUCAGAGUCAGGAAGUACAGAAGAGAGUCUACCCAGUCGGCCGUCCAGGAUGCAUACGAUCUCUAGGCCUGAACACAUAACAAGUCAGACGGUAGAUGAAGGUGGGACAGUCACACCAACACGGAGAUUGUCAUUGAGUCGGUCAUUGAGCGAUAUCAAAGGAGUGGUGACAGGGAGGAAACGAGAGAGAGAUGAUGCGCCGCCCCUUCCACCGAUUCCAAAGAGCGUCGCAGCUUCCAUGAAAAAGCCCCUUCCUCCAAGUCCGGCAAGAUCACCUGCAUUGAGUGCGAUGCCUUUGAAAGCAUCGCUUGAUUCAUGCAGAUCGGCCAAUUCGUCCAGAUCAUCUCUCAAUUCGUCCAAGCAACUGCCGCGGACGCCGGGAAAAUCUUCCAUGGAUUCUGCCAGGUCCAUUGAUUCCCCUGGGGCAUUUUCUCCAAAGUCAUCAACGUCGCGGACAUCCGUGUCAUCAAGGUCGUCCAUUGAUUCGUUUGCUCUGUCUCGUACACCCAAACAGACCAAGACGAAGCGGAAAAAGAAACGCGCCGAGACGAUUAAGCCACCAGAGUUGGUGUAUAUUCCUAAUUUACUGCCUUUGUUCAAAGAGAUGAUGCGGCCACAUCUUCGUACAAGAGUCAAGACGGUGAAAAUUGACGCUAAUGGUUCACGAUCAUGACGAGAUAGUAGUAGUAGAGAAGGAUAUUAUAUAAACGAUUAGUGCUUGUAGCGACUUGGAAGUUGUAUGUUUGUGUAUCUUAUUGCAGUAGGUCAAAUAAUGGAUACCCAAAAC